AAGCGCCGCACAGCUCGCCGCACCGGAGAACGUCCCGAGCGUGUGUGCCGUCGACCAGCGCGCGCCAUCGAAGACGAAGAAGUGCUCCGGUAUCGUGUGACCGCUCAAAACAGUUCCCAACCAAGUUAACCAAAAGGAUAAUUAUUGAUAGAUUAAACACACUCGCACGAUUGGAUAGGGUGGAUUAUUUCGUGCGCGUGAGGGACUUGUCAUUGUCAUCAUCGCCAUGAAGGUGCAGGCGCUCGUUUUGAUCAUCGCGGUGGUCGCCUAUCAGUGCGACGCGAAGCACAAAAAGAAGUUUGAUGGUGAUUUUGAGUUCGCCGAAGAGGAUGACAAUGUGAAGUUACCGAAACCCAGCGAAAAGAAGCGAUGGAUUCAUGACCCAACAAGUGAUUUGUGUCGACCACUCAACUGUAAGAAGAAGGAAAUGUGCCUGUUGGAAGACGCAUUCACAGCAGUGUGUGUCUCCAAAAAGGAAUUGCAGAAAAACGGCGAUGUGGUGAUACCAAAAUCGCCAUCCGGAAGCUUCGAGUCAAACGACGGAAACCGGAAGCGUCAGCAACAACAAGAAGAUGCCGCUGACUUGGACGACAGCGACGAUGACGUAUUUUAUGACACCGAGGACGAUCCCGAGGACGAUGCUGACGAAGAUCUCAGCGAUUCCAAUCUAUGUAAAACUUGUCCGGUGAUUAAACCAACGUUCCUCUGCGGAUCGGAUAACAGGACCUACAGCUCCUUAUGUCGAUUGGAUUAUCACAACUGCAUCCAUCAUACAACGAUCCGCGUGAUGUGCAAAGGAUUCUGUCCGUGUAAAGAAACUGACGUGCAUUUGCGAAAAAAGCAACGCCAACAGGAACGUCUCAAUAGUUUCAUGAACAAGUACAAAGCCACGCUGGAUAAAACCGGAUCCAUAUCCAAUAGCAUGACAGCUGAGAAACCGGUACCAUCUUCAUUGAAGAAUGAUGUCUAUACCUUCACACCACAAGACUUCAAAUACGAGAAUAAGCAUUAUAAAUACAUCAAGUACACAAAGUAUAACAACAAGGAUAAUAACAUUUUAUAUGCCGAAGAUAAGGAACACCUUAGAGGUUACAACGAUGUCCUUGAGAAUAAGAUAAACAUGGUACCUGCUACACCACCAGGGAAAACCUGUACUCCCAAUGCGUUGCAAGCGAUGGGGAAUCGUCUUUUGGACUGGUUCUCGGUUGUUAUGGCGGAUUCAUCCAAACGACGACGACCCAAUCGCAAAUCAAAAGCUCGUUUUCCCACUGUGUGCAAAGGUGAAGUCCGAUGGAUGUUCCAACACUUGGAUCUCAAUGGUGAUGGACGAUUAUCUCUUAAGGAAUUAUACGAUUUGGAACACGAUCAGAGCGAGGUAUGCCUCAAGCCAUUCCUGCAACAAUGCGACACCGAUCGCGAUGUGAUUGUGACACCCAAUGAAUGGUGUCGCUGUUUCCAACGCACUGAGCGUCCCUGUGCAGCUGUCAAGCGUAAGAUCACGCCGGAAUUACUAGUCAUGAACGUGUUAGGAGUCUACGUGCCUGACUGCGAUGUGCAGGGGUACUACAGGCCAACGCAGUGUCACAGUGCCAUUGGGAUGUGCUGGUGUGUCGACAAACAUGGCGUCGAAUUCGCUAAUACUCGCACGCAUGGUAAACCUAUGUGUGAAUCAUUAUUAAGCAAAUCAAAUGAUCCACCACCAGUAGCACAAGAGUCUAGUGAUGAUGAAGACGACGAUGCGGAUCAGGAUAUUGAAGGAAGCGCAGACCGUCCGGAGGAUUAUUAAAUAACACACAACGUGAAAGUAAAAAAUAACAACAUUCCAUUAAAACAUCAUCGAUAAUGUUAUUGAUACAAGAAGGAAAUCAAAGUUUAACAUUUAUAAGACAACCAUAUAGCACAAAUUCGUAAGCGGAGAAAAAUUUGAAAAAAAGUCCUUCAAUCACACAGAUAAACAGAUAAAGGUCAAUAAUUAUGUAAACUAAACCUAUGUAAUGCGUAAGAGGACGUCAUUUGUACUUAAUUAAUUGUUAAGUAAGCUGUGCAAUGUGCAAUCCAUAUAUUUGGCUCGCGAUACCAACGCAACAACAUAUGCGCUGAAUAUAAUGUGUAGUUUUGGCAAUACGUGUUCAUCCGCCUCCCUUUUCCUACCAUUUCAUCUUCCACACACCAAACACAAUCUAGCAAGCCCUCGAAAUGAUUUAAAAUAGAUUCUAGACGCUAAGAAGUACUAAAUAAAAACACAACGCUUUGUAAGAAUGAUUCACACGAGGGCAAACAUCAUAAACAUUGAUAUUAGAUAAUAUAAGAGAUGUAAGCUAUGAAUUUCACACUUUAAAUGAUACAAUGAGGAAAAUGUAUGUGGACACACGAAUUAUACGCACACACACGUAAAAACACACAAAACAUGAAUAAUCGACACGAAACCAAGGAAUCUUUUUUGCUAAAUAGGUUAGUAGCUAAGUGUACAUAGUCUUUAGUUAAAUUUCACUGAAUUGCGUUUGACGUGGUUUUGUUUUGUCUUUGACAAUGCUAGAUGAACUGUAUUUACAUCUUUUUGAAAAUGAAUCUAUCUGUCCACGAAUUAACGAUUUUCUAUGCUUGGAAUCUUAGGCUCUCUGUGUGUAACAAGAGUGUUUUGACUGGGCCCUAAUUUUAGCACUCAAAAUGAAAAAAAACCAUACACGAUACUUGAUAUUGAUGAUAUUUAUUAACUAUGAUAUUAAUUGUAAUAACGACGAUAUAAUGAUGAUAAUGAAUGCAAUUAGUUGAUAUUUACUGAAUAAACCCCUCUCGAUUGUAUAUCAAUGAUGAAUAUUAUAUUCUAUAUUAAAUGAGAUUUUAUUUUAGAUUGCAGUGCAUUACAAAUAUCAACAUAUAAAUAUAUAUUGCAUUCGUUAGAACACAGCAUUGGUUAGAAUUUCGAUAUUUCGAUUUUACACACAUUGAUUAACCCCGUUUGAUUGAUGAAUGAUGAUCAUCAUCUUCUUGCAUAAAAUAAAAUAAAAUAAAAAUGUGAAAGCGGCACUAAAUUAUGUUCCUAUCAGCAGCGCGUACAUAACAUCGUCGAUCGAAUGGGCGUAAUCGAUGACAAAUGAAUCUAUAUAUGAAUAUAUUACAAAUAUCUAUAUGAUAAAUAUAUGAUAAAUAAUUAAUUGUUAGAUAGAGAGGAAUGUUUCGUUUCUUUGAUUCGUAACGUGUUUCAUAUUGAGUAAUAAUUAUUUUUAUGUCGGUGAUGAUGUAAAUGCGCGAAAUGUAGUAGAUUAUUGAAUAAACAUAUACACAAACAUUAA